CGCGAUGGAAUCGGUAAAACGGGCCAACCAACGGCUCCGCAGCUAUCCACUGUUGAUGGCAAAGUGUUCAGUGGCUGCAGCGGCGUACGCCACAUGCGUAACAACCGAUUUAAAUGUGGCACAUCGGUCUUGUGAUAAAGAGUUUCACAACUUCAAAGAGUGCAUGCGGAAAGCCGCUAUCGAAAUGAAAACAAAACUGUAGGAAUAGGUGAUACUCCUCCGCUAA